CAUUUAUUAUUCUUUACAGGAAAAUAUUUAUAAUUCCUUAUUUAAAUUUUUUUUUUUAACUUUCCAUCUAGAUACAUGCUCGGAUGGCGGGCUAUACUGAUCAGCUAGUUUUGCAUUUCUGGUCACUGUCAAAAUCCUUCCCGCAGUCCACACAAGGCUUUCAACCAGGUCUGAUUUGUUAUGAUGAAUGGUGUUUUUGCAGGGAAGCAUCCAUUUAUGUGGUUGGUUUGUGUUUUGUUUUUAUGUGGGUAUAGAAAUGGCAGUACUACAAAGGGAGGAGUAUUUGCAGAAAGCUUUUCUAAACAUGCUUAUGCAACAAUGCUGUACAUGGGGACCCCCAGAGACUAUGAAUUUUACAUUGCAGUUCGAGUCAUGAUGAGAUCCCUUGUAAACCUCAAAGUGAAUGCAGACCUUGUUAUUAUAGCAUCCAAGGAUGUCCCUCUGGAUUGGGGGAAAACAUUGUGUGAAGAUGGGGCUCGAGUAGUAUAUGUAGACAACAUUGAUAAUCCCUACAAGAACCAGACAGACUUCGAUAAGCGCUUUGCGCUUUCUCUGAAUAAGCUAUAUGCCUGGAGUCUUGUGGAGUAUGAGAGGGUAGUCAUGCUUGAUGCAGAUAAUAUCUUCCUCCAGAAAACUGAUGAGCUUUUUCAGUGUGGCCAGUUUUGUGCAGCCUUUAUUAACCCCUGUAUUUUUCACACCGGUCUUUUUGUUUUACAGCCAUCGGAGGAGGUUUUUAAAGAUAUGCUGCAUGAGUUGGCUGCGGGGCUGAAAAAUGACGAUGGUGCAGAUCAAGGAUUUGUGGCUGCACAUUUUAAUGAUUUACUGGACAGGCCUAUGUUUCAUCCGCCAUCAAAUGGGUCCAAGCUCAAUGGGUUCUAUCGAUUACCUCUGGGAUACCAAAUGGAUGCUUCUUACUACUACUUGGAGCUCAAAUGGGAUAUACCAUGUGGACAAAAUAGUGUCAUAACUUUUCCAAGUGCACUAUGGGUGAAGCCGUGGUACUGGUGGGCAUGGCCUGUUUUGCCUCUGGGUUUGUCAUGGCAUAAGCAACGGAUGGAGACUAUAGGGUAUGAUGACGAGAUGCCCCUUGCACUGGCGCAAUCCAUGUUCUAUUUAAUAACAGUUGUAUUAGCAAUAUUUACCCGGCACAGUUUCAACUCACAGGCCUCUCCACCCAAGUUCUGCUGCUUGAAAUCAGUGCUUGGCUGCUCAAUUUCAGCAGUAUUGAGGAAAUUAGUUCCUUUUUCUGUAGCUGCAAGCUAUUUAAUUCCAUUUUUCCUUGUUCCAAAAACAAUCCAUCCAAUAAUGGGCUGGGGGCUUUAUCUACUGGGCUCUAUGUCCUUUCUUCUUGUCAUAAUAAAAAUAUUUCAUAUCCCUGUUUUGGCUGUUACUGUUAUCUGGAUCGAAGUGUUUGGAGCACUGCUUGUCAUGGCAUUUCCUCUCUACAACAAUGGAAUAGUACGGGCACUAUCAGUGGCAGCCUAUGCCUUCUUUGCUGCUCCAUUUUUAUGGCGCUCACUAGUGAAGCUGAUGGCAUAUUUGGAGACAUGCAUUGAACAUGAUUCCUUAUUGUCAAGAUCUGAUCAGAAACAAUCUCUUGUGAAACUGUCUUGAAAGACAGAGUUUAGACCAUCUUUUCAUGGAUCCUCUGCUCACAGUUUCCUCCAUCAAGGAGAUAGUUAUGGAUUGUAUUUUUCAUUUGGUGUAUAUAGAAAUAGCAGUCUGUGAUACAUGGAAAUAUUUUUCUUACUCAAAAGACACGAAUAGACUUCUUUAACCUCACAUUUUUGAAGUGUGUCACUGCAAACUUUAUCAGGAGGAGGCACUGGCAGAAAGCAUACACUUAUCCCUGUCUAGAGUCUAGACUCUGGACUAGUGAUAUAAAAUCCACACUCUGAAAAUAGACCAAGUUCUCAAACAUUGCAGGAAAUCAAAGAUUUCAACGUUUAUAAUUCCACUAUAAGACAAUCGAGGAGGUGGCUUAUUUGAUUCAGUCUUCAAUUUUUCAAUCUUGAGCAGCAAGGAAUUCAAGCAAAC